CACGCAGGGAUGGGCCGGCGGGGGCGGGGCGGGGCCGAUGCCGUUUCCGUUGCCUGGAAUCCCCAGAAAGCAGCUGCCUGGAGCGUUCUCUGCCCGCGUCUCUGCCAGCCCUCUGCGCCGCCGCUCUCCCGGAGGUUCAGGUCUGGUCCUGCAUCAGUCACCUUCUCCUGACCUGGGCAGUCGCCAUGGCACAGGCGCUCAGAGGCACUGUGACUGACUUCCCUGGAUUUGAUGAGCGGGCCGAUGCAGAAACUCUUCGGAAGGCCAUGAAAGGCCUGGGCACCGAUGAGGAGAGCAUCCUGACUCUGCUGACAUCCCGCAGUAAUGCUCAGCGCCAGGAGAUCGCUAUGGCUUUUAAAACUCUAUUUGGCAGGGACCUUCUGGAUGACCUGAAAUCAGAACUGACUGGAAAAUUUGAAAAAUUAAUUGUGGCUCUGAUGAAACCCUCUCGGCUUUACGAUGCCUAUGAACUGAAGCAUGCUCUUAAGGGAGCUGGGACAAAUGAAAAAGUCCUGACAGAAAUUAUUGCUUCAAGGACACCUGAAGAACUGAGAGCCAUAAAGCAAGUUUAUGAAGAAGAAUAUGGCUCGAGCCUGGAAGAUGAUGUGGUGGGGGACACUUCAGGGUACUACCAGAGGAUGUUGGUGGUCCUCCUUCAGGCUAAUAGAGACCCUGAUGCUGGAAUUGAUGAAGCACAGGUUGAACAAGAUGCUCAGGCUUUGUUUCAGGCUGGAGAACUUAAAUGGGGAACAGAUGAAGAAAAGUUUAUUACUAUCUUCGGAACACGAAGCGUGUCUCAUUUGAGAAGGGUGUUUGACAAAUACAUGACUAUAUCAGGAUUUCAAAUUGAAGAAACCAUUGACCGAGAGACUUCUGGUAAUUUGGAACAACUGCUCCUUGCUGUCGUGAAAUCCAUUCGCAGUAUACCUGCCUACCUUGCAGAAACCCUCUACUAUGCUAUGAAGGGAGCUGGGACAGAUGAUCAUACCCUCAUCAGGGUUGUGGUUUCCAGAAGUGAGAUCGAUCUGUUUAACAUUAGGAAGGAGUUCAGGAAGAAUUUUGCCACCUCUCUUUAUUCCAUGAUUAAGGGGGACACAUCUGGGGACUAUAAGAAAGCCCUCCUGCUGCUCUGUGGAGAAGAUGACUGAUGUGCGCCUGGAGAGAGACCCUGCACCGUGCCUGCCACCGUCACCACUGCCUUCCUGCAGCGCAUCUCACUGCACUUCUUGCACGCCAGAGCGUGGCACGUUGCCUUAUUCAUGCCAGCAUGCUAUGACCAAAACAUAUAUGUUGUAGAAGAAAAUAGUAGUGCUCCUUUCUGAUCUUCGCUUAAAAUCCUUCUCCUUGACUGUCGUAGUCCUGAAGUGUACUUAUGUUACUAAGACUAAAGUCUGGAUCAUUUAUAUUUUCCUUUAAGAGAUCAGACUGCUUUCAGCCUUUUUUAAAAACUUCAUUUAUAUUAAAUUGAUAACCGCAUUACCUUAACCAGAACCUUAGCCUUGAAAUUGUGAACUCCUGGAAACGUUAUUAAUCAAGUUUGCUACUAAAUUAAACCUGAAACAUUAUGGAGGUUGCAUUCAAAGGGUUAAUGAAUAAUAAACGUUUCCUUCCUCCUGAAUUACGUGUGGGUGUAUGUCUAAAGAAAACUUAUUUAAUUUACCUACUUAACAAUGAUAUGUUUUUUCAAGCUAGUCGGUUGACAGUGUUGUCAGUUGACAACUGAAUUUAUAGUUGGCUUUUGGGUGAAAAGCUUGAAAUACAACAUGCAAAAUGAAUUGUCUGUGCAGUGUGGAAUGAGGGAAGAGUUGAAGGGGGUCUCUGAUUUAUUGGUGGCGUGUUUAUGUGGGCAUCAAUUAAAGCAAUGCUUAUGUUAGUUGCUUACUAGAAAAGCUGAUUUUAAAACUUAACCUAAAAUUUCAGAGUGUUACUUUUCACUUUCCUGUUAUCAACUUGUUUUUCCUGUUUUCAUCUACUACCUUCUUUGAGAUAAAAAAGCAGGCAAUAUAGAGGCAAAAAGAGAGAAGUGGCUUCUUUCUUCUAAUAUUUACCUUUCAGUUUUCUGCUUUCAAACUGCUUCUUGAAUUGGUGUCAACUUCCUUUUUUCACUUACUCCCUUAUAAAUGUGUGUUUUUAAAAGCAAGUGAUUGCUAUUAAUAAGACAUUUUAAUAAAUGGACUACUCUCCUACUGGAAA